CGUUAGCCACAACUACGCAGGCUAUUUUUAUUGGUGCCUUUAGGUUUGUUUUCGUUUCGUGAUGGUGUGAUUUUGUGGAAAAUUGUUUUUGAAAUAGUCUGCUCGUGACUAAGUUUGUUUGUCCAAGCUCAUCCUGUUACGCUUUUUGUUUCGGUAAGUGAAGAAAUUGGCGAAAUACGAGAGUAAAGAUAAGAUAGAGUCCGUAUGUACAUAUGUCAAGCUAUUAGUCGAGCUGACGGCCGGCUGACGUAAUUUAAAAUUUAAAUUGUCGCGCAGUUUUAUUGGUACAACAACAGGAUCAUCACCGGUUUUCGUUUUAGCGAAGGAGCCACCGACUUUCCAAGGCGACGUUAGAGUUUGCAAUUUUUCGUGGCAGAUGGAUGCGAAAGUUUGGUUUUGCAACACUUUUAUCACGCCCUUUUUACAACUAUCAGUCUUGUCAUUUUCCACAUGGGUCGUAAUUUUCAUGUCAAUAUUUCUCGCGAAGCUUGCACACUUCCUACUGACAAGCUUUGCAAUGAUGCGGCAAUCUUACAGCUCUGUUAAGAAUUUUGAUGGACCUCCGAGUCACUGGCUUAAAGGGCACACGGAUUGGGUAAGUGUUAGUCAAACCUUUACACUUUUUUCAAGAAAAAGCGUGAUCAAUAUCCGGUUAGCGGCACAAGAGAAUGUGUCAAAUUUAAAUCGGGAGAAGCCGAUCAGUUCGAACCGUCGGAUAUGUCAGAAGUGAACUACUUUUCUGAUCACGCUUGAAAGAUUUACAUUAAGUGACUUAGUGAUGUUUUGAGCAAAAACAAGCGUUAAGUUUUAGAAAACAUAUUAAGCUAUUUGUUAUGUCAGAUAAGAUUGUUCCUCCAAAAGCUUUCAAAUAUCUAUUCAAACGGCGCCCUUGUAUAUUAAUUGAUUGUACAAUUUUUGGCAGAUGUUAUAACUAAUAUAUUUCUGAAAAGCGAUUGGAGCUGAAUAUGUUUUCCAGGGUACAAAUCUUCUAUCUACGGCCAUUAACAAUUGAUAACUUAGAGAAAACAUGGGCGUCAGUUGAUUCAAUUUCAUCCUACGUUAGCAUGCGCAUUCUUAACGAAAAUAUUUGUAUAUCCAGGUGUAUAUAUUCAAUACUGAAUACAUAAUAGAUAUUGAAAGGUCAAAAAAAAUAUCUAAGGCCUUGAAAACUCGGAUACAACCGUGACCUCGGAGACAAACAGAAUGCGUUCGCUGUUUUGAAAAAAUAAAGUAAUCCCUUUGCAAAACAAACAAAUGGGAAACGCUUAUGCUAAUUUAACGAAGAACUUGUGCGUUAUGGCUGAUAUGUUCUGUAGAUAUGAAUACUAAGUAUUAGCUGUUUAUAAUUUCUCGGUAACCCGCGCCCCAAAGUCAUCACGCAUCACUAAGUUAUGUCACAGGUACCUCAAGUUCGGGAGUGAGAAUCGUUGCGUAACAGGAAUGUUAUAAGGAGCGCUUAUCAUUUGCAUGGAAAUUUCAGUGAAAAAUUUCUGUCAAAUGGUACUGGUAUUUUUUUUUUGGCACCGAAAAACAGGAACGGGAUUGAGUUGUACCAUUUACAAAAUACCGCUAAAUUUUUCGCUUUCUCUCGACAUGAAGCCUGGCACUAGUAAUCCAAACAAAUGGUACAAAAAAAUUGGGUCGUUUCGGUAAAAACGAGAAAAAGGUAAUACCUCAAAAGGUAUUACUUUUUUCCGGAAAAUUUCCACAGGGAUGAACCGUUCCAUUCGAAUUCUCCCGGAAUUUCCGGGUUUUCCAUACAAAUGGUAAGCGCUCCUAAGAGCCGGGUUUGUAUGGGGGUUUUAAUGAUCGUUAUUUAGCGGUCAAAAAUGGUAAUAAACAGACAUCAGAAUUUCUUACCUUUCUUUUUGUUUUGAUGUAUGAUGUGUUUUGAGUAGUUUUUGCCGUUUCAGCUCGAUUCCAGCGAGUUUUAGUUCUGCUGUUGUUCUCUCUUUAUAUAAUAAAUGUUUUUUUUUUUACUUCUUAGGCAACGUUUGAUGGCAAUGGCUUGAAAUUUCAUGUUGAGUGUGCUACAAAGUACAGAACAGCCUAUCCCUUGUGGUUUGGCCCUCUCCGGGCAGCUCUGAUCCUCUGCCAUCCAGACACACUGAAAGUUGUGUUUUCCAGUCAUGUUCCAAAAGAGGAAUUUGUCUACAGCCUUAUUGUACCAUUCACUGGUAAGACACUUUCUAGUCUCCCUCGCAGCCGUUUUUUGGAUGUCACGCAACACUCCCAAACAAUAUGUCUUGGAUUACAGUUUAGCAGUGUGGGGAUCGUUGCGUGACAUCCAAAAAACGGCUGCGAGGGAGACUAGACACUUUCUUGCGAGUGAAUUCUUGGAUGGGGUGGGUGUAAGCAGCAGGUGGGGGUAAGGGGUAGGGGAAACGACCUUCCACCUCUGCCCCAGGAGAGUGCUUACUUGCAGGAUAGUAAGACAUAAUACGUAGAUUUUGCUGAGGCUAAAGGCGAAGCUCCCCUUAGUGAAAAACAUAUUGCAAUAAAGAAAUCCAAUUAAAGUUGAGCCUGCGAUCAAAACAACACUUUAAAAACAUUUAACCUCGAAAAAGCACUUUAAAAAACACUUAUUAACCUCCAUGGGUCGACACCUGAGCCCGCGAUACGGUCAUGUGAGACUAGCCAGCGGAUACCCUGUUUUAACAGCUGUCGACAACAUAAAUUUGCAAUAUCAAAUUGAAGGCUUCCACACUAGCUAGAAAGUGUAGAAUUUCACGUUGCUUUCCCUGUAGUACCGACAGACAGCGGGCGGUCGGUCGGUCGGACGUACGGUCACGUGACUAAGAAAAUUUCUUGGAUGGACGGGUAACCAAAUAUUUUUUAGCUAUGGGGCUCCACUCGCGCGCGUGGAGCUCCGCUAUAAAUUUACUCUAAUUCUGUGUUCGAGUGGCGACCGUGGCUGGUGUGAUAGGCUGUGUACAUGUGUAAGGUACUGUGCAUACUGCAGAUUUUGGUAGAGUGUACUUCCUUGGUAUUUUGGUGUUGGAAGGCCCCAUGUUGGAUUUCCUGUGCGUGUGCCACUACGUUGCGUUUACUGUGCCUUCCUGCAGCUGCUUGUAAAUUAAUACCAUGAGCGUGAUGGGUAUGCCUCCUAUUCUCACGUAUGGGGCUCCGCCCAUAGAGGUCGUGGGUAUUCAUAGGAGCUUCGGAUGUUUAGAGUUAUGAUCUGAACACAUUAAAUUUUAUACCUCCUGAUUGCUUGCCUAAUUUGUGCCCAUGGUUCUUACCUAUAAAACAGGACACAGCCUGACGAUUGUCAGUGGGAAACGAUGGCAGCAAAUGAGGAAGCUUUUAACUCCUGCCUUUCACGCUGACAUCUUGAAACCAUAUACAAAGUUGUUUCAGGAAUCCACCAGAACAUUACUGGUACGUAAGAAAUGGCCAGAUCAAGGUUCACAUGCUAACUUUUAAUUUGCUCUUUUAGUGAGCUAUGAGUCACCACCCCAUCCUCCAAGGGACUAAAUGAUCUUCCAUUUUCCACUUAUGUGCUUAAAUUCCGUGCAGGACAAGUGGUCAAGAAAUCCAGAAAAGAUGGAAUGUUUUGAGGAUCUUGGCUUGAUGGCCUUGGACUCGACACUCAAAUGUGCCUUUAGCUUUAAUAGCAACUGCCAAACAAACCUGUAAGUACAAAGAAUUGUGUCUUAAGUCAAGCAAGCCUGAAGAAAUAUAUGUUUAAAUAUCAUAGGAACUAGACGUGAUGGCCACAUUAGGAUGUUUUAUUUGGUCUUGAUGACAGACUUUGGUAUACUUCAAUCAGAUGUCUUAUGAACUACAGUCUCAGACAAAAAUAGUUGGGACACUCAGACCAAACACUGUUUUUUUCCUUCUCGUGCUCCCUUUGUCCCUCCCAAAGUUGUCUAUCGCGGUUCAGUCACCAAACCUUGUACACCAACAUUGAGGGGACAAGGAGACACAAAAGUGUCCCAACAAUUUUGACUGAGAAUGUAGCUAGACAUACUGAUGGCUAUACUGGGAUGUUUUGUGGGUCUUGAUGACAGACUUUGGUAUACUUCAAUGAAAGUAACUAAAUCAUUCAUCAAAGGGGAAGGGGUAAGGGUGUUCUCUGCAACCGUCCCGUUGGAAAUACCUAUGUUUUUACUUUGACGUGAUGGUCACACUGGGAUGUUUUUCAAAGUAACUGUAACAUUCAUCAAAGGGGAGUUGGCAAGAGUGUUCUGUGCAACCGUCCCGUUUGAAAUACUUGUGUUUAAACUUUGAAAUAAAAUUUUACUCUCCUUAGAAAUCAUGAUGCAUUCACUCACAGUCUCACUGCAGUUUCCAAAAUAUUAAUCAAACGAUUAAUGUAAGUGAGAAAGAAUAAUUAUAUGAGUGUUGAAAAAGUGGUGGUAUUUGGGGGGGUACGGCUGCUGAGAGAGGUGUCAGCUUGCAAGAGUGAGGUCCUUGAGCCUCUUAAUGGGUAUUUCCGAUGAAAUCAAAGCAGCCACGAUCGCCAUGGUUAAAGCGACAUUUGUCGUGCCAUGACGGCAAAAUAUAAAGGGGUGCUUGUUAUUUCGGGAUAUUACUGUAACGGUAGUCAUUAUAUCGGGAUUGUUUUCAUAUCUUUACGUUAACUGAGGCGUAGAAUGCCAUUCGCUGUUUCGGUGUGUUCGUUACAGAGGGGUUCGUUGUAUCGAAGUGUCACUAUACACGCUCGGAAACAUCUGUGUUACAAGCUAGAACUCUUUCCUGGGUAUUGUAUCUUUUUGCAAUGUUUAUUUGCUGAAAAAAUUGUCUUCUCUUGUCCUUUUAUAGAACCCCUAUUCUGCAUCCAGACUGGAUUUUUAAGUGGACUCAUCAUGGAAGAGACUUUUAUCGAAACUGUGCAGCUGCUCAUCAAGCCGCCGAGGAAAUCAUUAGAAGAAGGAGAAAAACUCUUCAGGACAAGGUACAAGCCUGAAAACACAACUGAUAUUUCACGACUCCACCACUGCUUUCCCGUGAAAUGACGUCUGAGAACGGCUGUGAGAAAGGAGGACAUAAAUUCCAUACUGAUGACGUCCACAACUCAGAUCUGGGUAGUGCUUUUGAUUGGUUGAAGCAAAUCUUCUACUAAUCAGAAACAUUACCUAGAUCUGGGUAGUGACGCGUCAUCAGUAUGGAAUUUCUGUACUUGUUUCUCAGACGUCAUUUCGCUAAAUCUCGCGAAAUGUUGGCUGUUUCCUGAGGCUAGACAAGGUACCAGCUUACGUCUUCUCCUGCAAAGGCUCCUAGUAAACAAAACUAAGCGGAGGAGUAAGCUUGUAACUCAGCUUAUAUAUUUUAGAAUUUGUCAGUUUCCUGCCCUAGUGUUGGUUCAUUCCUUCGGUGAUAAAUCUAUCGUGCCUUUAUAAUGAAAAACAAAGAAGCAAGCAAAUAAAGAAACAGAAGGAUCGAGGACUACUGAAGAGAGCCUUUAGAGUAAGAUAUUGAAAUGCACUUCUUAUCAUUAUCAUAUUACAGGGUAACCAGAUGAAUUCACGGGGAGACCAGCUGAAUGGAAGGACAAGAAAACUGCUAGAUAUGGUUGAUAUUCUUCUUGCAAUCAAGGUAUUUAUCGUAGACGCUAUGGGCGAAAAACUUAGCCCCUUUCGUUGCGUAUUUUAAAGGAAAACGUACAGUGUACGCUGAAUUGACAACGGGCACGUGUUAAGAUGGAAAUAGUUACUAUUCAUGUUUUGGGGUAUGGUAUUCAUGUGUAAAAGGCGUAGACGUUACUUCUGGUGGCAAGUAAUCCUUAAUUUUUAUGUCUGUGAACACUUUGUCCUGUGAAAACAUCAAUGACCAAAGUCUGGAAGGGCAUUGCUGAGAUCUGGGGUUUGGCCAAAAAUACAGCGGGGGAUUCGGUAAAAAGCAAAAUGUCUUCACGAAAUACGGGAUUUGAUAGCUACUCGUGAAGCGGGAUUCGCCAAAAUCUUAGCACGGGAUGCGGUAUUAGGAAAAGGAAACAGUAUUCGGGAUAGAGAUGACAGAGGUUCGGGAUCAGACGGGAUUGUCGUGGAACAGACUCGUGAAUACGACGUUAUCAUGAUCCCCAUUCCAGACCCUGCAAUAUUAAUAAUGUGCGACACAUCUUUGUUUUUAAUUACAGACCUGAGUAAAACCUGCCCUAAUGAUCGAUCUCCUUAGCAAUUAAUAGAUAAAGUAUAUGUUGGUCGUAGGAUGAAGAUGGAAACGGUCUAACUGAUGAAGAAAUACGAGCAGAGGUGGUAACGUUUUUCUCCGCUGGACAAGACACAGUUGCUGCCGGUAAGAAUUGUUUAUGUCGCCACUAAGUUUAACAGUUGGAUUUUAGUGUAUCGCUGCAAUAUUGCAUAAACCCGUGAAUAAAACCAGGGGCAGAUUCAGGUGACUUUCAGAAAGAAUGCGCUGAGGCUUGUUACGUGCCAGCAUUAUAGACGCUAUUUAUUGAUAAAAGAACUUUGACAGCAUUUUUGUCCAGAAAUUAAGGCUCUAGCCCCAAUUGUUCGAAAGGUGGAUAACGCUAUCCCCUCUCUCUCGGCUAUCCAGCGGAUGACGCGUUGGUUUAUCCAAUACUUAUCUAAAUGGUUAGCGAUUUAUCCGAUGGAUAGCGCUAUUCAACGAUAGAACAAACGACAAGUGGAGAACAGACAGUGAAUUCUUUAAGAAAUUAUUUAAAGUUUCGGUCAAAUAACGAAUACGUGGAACAUUGCUGUCUUGCUAAUCUGUCCAUCCGAGCAAACAAAUUUACCCCCAAGAACGCCCGUAGAACAGCCUACCAUUAUAUGCGAAUUAACCUCAUCCACUUUUCUCUCCUUUGAGCAAGGAAUUUCGUGGACCCUUUACAAUCUAGCUUUAUACCCAGAGCAUCAACUAAAAUGUCUGGAGGAAGUCAAUGAAGUUUACGGGAAAAAAGAAGAAUUAGAAUGGUAAGAUUGUUUACUUAAGUCUAAGAAAGUCUCUAACUUGAGGAGAGGAUGUGGUACUCCGAGAUUUUCUAGACCAUAUGAAUUAAUCCGUACAACUGAAGGCAAUAAAAACAAUACAUGUGGGUACAAAGCUUGUUUUACUUUUUUCUUUCCUUUUUUUUUUCCUUUUCUCUUUUCCCCUUUUCUUUUAUACGAUAUAGAAGGCACAACAAUGGACCACACUGCUUAACUGUAAUCCAAGACAUAACGUUUGGGAUGAUUUUUCUCCAUUGGGGAGAAGCGAUGUUAAGGCCAUAUUUAAGAGUGUUAAUUGUCGGUUACUUGCAAAUUUUGUACAAAAAAGGGCGAGAGGACACUGAAAUGUCCCCUACUUUUCGGCUAUUAUCACAGCCUGGGAAAUGAUUCAAUCUAACUGACUAAAAACGUUGUAUUUCACCAGGGAAGACUUGCCUCAUCUUAAGUACGUUACACUUGUGAUCAAAGAAAGCAUGAGACUUUAUCCGCCAUUUCCUAUGUUUAGUCGCAGCUUAGACAAAUCUUAUGAGAUCGACGGAAAAUUAACACCAAAAGGUAACGUUUGUUUAUAUAUAAGUUCACGUUCUCCAUGUGAGGAGAAACUGUAGGAAAACGUUGAUGAUUAUGGUGCAAAUUUUAAUGGUAUUGUUGGUGGCAUUAACUAAAGAUGAUGAUGACGCCGACAAUAUUGGCCAAUGUUGGUCAAUAAUAGUAAUUAAAUUAAAUCAAAUGAAUAAGCAACGCGUGACGAACCCCUAAGAAGGUCUGCGUGGAAGGCUAGGCCUGUGUUCGAAUGCUUCAAAAUAAGAAAGAGAAGGAAAUAGAAGUAGAUCAAAAUAGGUGUUAUGUAUAGUGUAAUGAAUAGCUUAGCAUAUAUAGUAAAUUUAAAUUAUUUAGAAAACGGUUGGUGUACCAGCUGGUACUAGACCCCAAAUAAAAUAUUGUCUGUUGUCCUUUUAAUCAUUUUCGUCAUUAUCAUCAUGAAAUACAACGGUAGUGAUAAAUGAUUUAAGUCUCCUUAUAAUGAUGCGCUGUUUCCGUUUUGAUGAUACGUCAGGAACGUGGAUCAUGAUCAACGCUUAUGCAUUGCAUCACAAUCCUCAUGUAUGGAAAGACCCUGAGGUAAGCUAGGCCUGUAAAUCUCUCAUCAUUUUUUAGGAAAGGAUAAUUCAUGGGGAUAUACUUUGUUGCGAUUAACUACUCCUUAAAUCAGCAACAUUUUAGCUCGGUUAUUAUCUCCUUUGCAGCCGUUCUUUGGGUCAUCACGCAACGCUCCUGCCACGAGCCCUGUGUGACAACACCUAAAACGGCUGCUUAGUUACGUUCACACCGCCCCAGACGAAUUUUCAACCGGUUGAAAACUCAUGCGUUUAGGUGUUCCGUUCAUACGAGACCACCUUAACCGUACGAAAAUUCAGACGCCUAACUGUUCAAAGUUCCUUGUGAACAGAGUGAAAAUAUUGAACUUUCCCGUGUGAACGAAGUGUCUGGUCAAAUUUUUUCGCCGGUGGAAAAUUCGUCCGAUGCCGUGUGUUUUGUGCUAAACAAGUUAUACAUCAAAGUUUUCUUUGAGCAUAGAAAUUUAUGACAUCACAAGUGCUACAAGGACCGUAGUUUCACAUUGUUGGUUUCUGUCGCAGGGUUUAGGUGUAAAUAAGGGUUGACCAUGGUGUCUUUUGUUACAGACCUUUGAUCCGCUGCGGUUCAUGGUGGAAAACAAAGAAGACAGGUCACCAUACGCAUAUAUACCAUUUUCUGCUGGUCCAAGGUGUGUCUCUGUUUCUAUUUAUGUGAGGCAACAAAGGAUAAAAUACCUCUUUAUCCUCUCUCUUGUAAUACAAGAAAGGAAUCUUUUUUAUUGGUAAAAUGCCUUUGGCACGACCAUCCAUUUAGGAAAAUAUUGUACAACAUAGCCUUCGAAUACAGCCGUUUCUUCUCGCUCAUCGCCGCUGGGAACGUUUCGCGCUCGUUGACCAGAUUCCGGGCAAAUCCACGUCAUCAGCAUAGAAUUUAUGGGAUCGCAGACGUCUCUCACGUGAAACGUCCCCUGCAGCGAGGAGCGAGUGGAAACGGCUGUAUUCGCAGCCGGCUUUGUACAACAACAUGAACAGUACCACAGAAUAGUACAUUUGUUUUCUUUUUGUUGUUUACCCUUUCACACAAAACCAUAUUUUCGACCUAAAUUUAGACUACAGAUUCAAAUCUGUUUUUUUAAUCUCCACAGAAACUGUAUUGGAAUGAAUUUUGCUAUGGCUGAAAUGAGGGUAGCCGUGGCCAUGAUUCUCAGAAGGUUAGCUUGUUUGCGACUUAAAUAAUGCAUUUUUUCUUGAUAUCUGUUUCCGCCAUGUGUAAUAAUCAUGUUUGUGUUUAAUUUCAGGUUUAAAUUAUCGGUAACUAAGGAAAACCAAGUAACAUCAGAGGAUUUGUUUCCAGAAAUUUUUCUCCGCACAAAAAAUGGGAUUCAUCUUACUCUGUCGCCACGGUUUCAGAAGUAGCUGCUAGUCUGUACAAAGGCCUUGUGUUUUUAACCUCCUAGACGCAGAAAUUUUCCUCUAUUCGACAAGAAGACGCGUCACAAGCCUCGAACAUCCAUUAACGAAAUAGUGACUUCUAACGAAAUAGCUUGAAUGUUGGAGUGGAAAUUUCGAGAUUCAAGGAACAUAUCCUACCCUGUCUGCGCGCGAUGACAGUUGUUUUCAGACGAAGAGAGACCCUAGAAAGAAUUUUUUCAGUCUCUUUUAACAAGAUAAAGGCGUUUGGUAACUUCUCUUUUUCCUUCCCAAUAACAAGUACAAAACAAACAAACAAAAGGCUGAAUGUAGUGGAAACGUUUGUUUCCCUUCCCCAGUAAAACUAGAAGGGAACUGGGCCGAGUUAACUUUCGCAAAGACUUAUGGAACUGUUGGUAGGGACAGGGAAAAAAAUUGGCCAAUAGCUGACCGGUGCGAUCCCAGGAACAAUUGCGGGACUGGUUCGGUACCAGUCCCCUAUCGUUUCUAAAGUGGUGAUUGCUUUUGAACCACGAAUACUUAUAACUCGAAAAAAAAGCUUUCUUUUCCCCAGGAGGUUCAGAAGAUUGGGAUUCCACGGCCUGGUAAAUAUCGUUCUGCCCCGGACUCGUCUCUCAAUCUCCUAUUUUUUAGCGACCUUAAGCAACGAGAACUUCGACGUCCUGGACGUCAAAAACGGCAACCGGAAGUUGAUGUUUUCUCGCUUUUUGUGCUCUUCUCGACAAAUUCGUACAGCGGGAGUUACAACUAAGGCAUUUAGAUUCGUUGAGUAAGACAAAGUGUUCCAUCAA